AUGUCGUUCACGAUCAAUACGACCACCUUACUAUGUUUGAUUCUCUCUUCUCAAUUGAUUCUUAUUACACAAGCUGGUAAUUGUUUCUUUAACCGUGAGAUGGAUGUAUGUUAUGAUGUAAGCGAAAUCGAUGUAACUGAAGAGCAAUGCACCGGACCGUACUAUUCGGAGGACAUCCUUACUGAACUUGAUGGUUAUGUCUAUUCGGAAAACUGCCGCGAUGCAAAUGCCUCGACGAAACGAUGUGAUAUUGAUUGUGGUAUUGGCCGGGAAUGCCAAUGGAUCGAUAGAGAAGCAACGUGCGUCUGCAGUGAGGCAGCAUGCACAUCAUCGAAUACACUUGAUCAGCAACCUGUAUGUGCAUCGAAUAACCAAACGUUCAGGUCAGAAUGUCAUAUGCAUGCGUGGGCGUGCGCAAAUCAUCGGUCAGCAUUGUAUAAGAAAUACGACGGUGAAUGUCAAAAGGAUUGUCGAAAUGUUCGAUGUCCCCACGAUACUGUUUGUUUACUGGUAAAAAACACCGGUGAACCUAUGUGUUAUCCAAAAAAGCAUUGCAAUCCAGCAUUGGAUCCUGAACCAGUUUGUGGAACAAAUGGAGUGACCUAUCCGAAUAUAUGUGCAAUGCGUCUAUCUCGAGAUCGACGAGGCUAUACACCUGAUCUGGCUCACAAAGGUCCUUGCGUGCGAGAAUGUCAUCAAAAUUUGUGCGCGCCAUCUGAAAAGUGUAUUUACUCCAAACAUCUACAGCCUACUUGUAUUCUCUGUCAAUAUCCUCCACAGUUUUUUACUCGUAGUGGAGAAUGUAGUGAAAACAUUCCUGUCUGUGGCAGUAAUGGAAAUCUAUACAAAAAUUACUGUUCAUUAUUAGUUGAUCAAUGCAUCAAGAGUCAAUAUAUAAAAAUAAUCGAUUAUCAAACGUGUCCCGUAAUACGAUAUCGAGAUACUCGACUGAAACAACAAUCAGCAUCAUUGAAUUAA